ACCCUGCACAGAGCUUCCCUUUCGAGCCUGACUUCCCUUUUUCUACUUCAGCCUCAGAUAAUAAUUCAAACUAUAGCCUAAAACUUUUGGCAUAAUAUUUUUUUUUUUAAAUCUUUCGGCUGCAGCCUCUCUCAGAUGCAAGCAGUGAUAUGACAUCUUCAGAGGGUGGAGAAAUGAAAGAGGGCAUGUAGGAGUGAGAGAGGAAGAGAAAUUUACAGGAUAUAGGUGUGCUCUGCAUGCAUGAGUGUGUCGAUUUUCACAUGUGUAGUUUGGUCUUGGAGGUCGGAGUUUGCAGUGACUUUUCUCAGAGGCAUGAAGCUGAAAUUGCCCAUGCUACACUGAGAGAGAGAGAGACAGAGAAAAGGAAAAAGAAGGAGGAACAGGCUUGUGUAAAACUUCCGGCCAAGAUUCACGCAAGAUUACCACUCUAAAACACCAACCACGCAGAGAACAAGUAAAAAAGACAAAUUUCUUCUACAAACAGCUUCCCCUUAACGCAUAGUCAACAGUUUUUGAUCACAUUCUCGAGGCUCAAAAGUGGAUCUCCAAAGACAAUAUCAGCUCACCUGAGCACCUCUGUUGCCCAAACACUGAAACUGCUGUAGGAAGCUUCUAGAUUGAGUGGUGUUUUUUUAGGCAGUAUGCUCACUAUGAGGCUUGUUUUGGGUAAUUUGCUUCUAUUUAUUGCUCUCGGACUCUGUUUCAAGUCCACUCAUGCACAAGAGACAACAGCACAGACAGAUGAAAACACCACCAUCCUAUUACCAAAUGAUUACACUGUGGAGUCAAUGUUGAGUUCUGAAAACAUCAGCACCACACCUGAAAAUACAGUUACUCUACUACAGACAGAAACCAUACUUGGUAAUGAAAUAAACACCAUGCUUGAGGAACCAACAGGUGGGAGUACUCCACCACUGAGUACUAAUCAAACAUCACCAGAAACUGUUCCUGAAACAACAACUGUACAAACGGAGCAGACCACAGUGACCACCACUACUUUGCCUGUUAAUGUGGAAACAACAGUGAUUGAACAAAUAACUUCAGACGCCCCAAGCACAAGUCAGAAUGAAACAACUGUUAGCUUCACCUCUCCUGAGCCGACCAGUCCUACAGAACGUCCUACAGAUGAAAUCACCACAGCAGCUGUGGCCAUGACUACCGAUUCAUCAGAAGCCCUCAAACCCACAUCCAUCCUGACCACACCACCUGCAGACUGGACUGAGUCUCCAUCCAUCGUGUCCAACCCUGUGGAGACCAGCACUGAAACCUCCAUUACAACUUCAACAACAUCAACAUCAACUACACAGCUCCCUCAAAAUACUGCUGAUUACCCAUCACUGAGGUCUGACAAAGAAUCAGUCUCCACCUAUUUCACCACCACAAUAACCGGCGUGCUUAUUGAACCAAGUGAUAUGCCCAUGAAAACCAUAUGGUUAAUAAUAAUAGUGUGUGUGGCCAUCAUUUUUGUGCUGUGUGUGAGCAUGACUGUGUUCAUCCAGCGGCGAAAGAAAACCGCCUCAAGGAAUUUCAGCCCCAUGUAUAUUAAUGGACAAAGUAAACGGUCCAGAAAGAAAAAAGGGGCAGAGGAUGAUGCGUGGGCGGGGCCUGUCAAAAUGGAGGCGGGGGUUGAAUGUGAUGCUGUGGUACAGGAGGGUCUUAUGCCCAAUAGUGGGAAACAGGAUGGAGAUGAUAUGGUGCUCAGCACAUUCGUCGCUCCGGAUGCAGGAGAUGCAUCUAAUGGUCAAGUGGGUGGCGACGGUACCAAGGAGGCUAAGAAAUUGGACGAGCAGGAGCCUCUGCUUUACAUAGAUGAGGAUGUGAAUGAAGACAAGGCUGGAAAAACACUGGAAGAGAGCGAGAAACAGAAUGGAGUUGAAAAAAGUAAAGAGAAGGAGAUGAACGGAGGAGAAACAUAUUGUCUCACCACAGCUGUCUGAAAGUCUUCUGUUGACUAAAUGAACAUUAAGGAAUUUGUUGGAAUGACUUGAUUACGUAAUUUGUGUUAACAAAUUAGGACUAAAAGGACUAAGCCAUAUAGUUUUGUAUAUAUUAUUUGACUGUCGCAAUUCAUUAUGAGCAAUGGUGCAACGUUUAAUGAUGUUCUAAAAUUCGUACUCAUUUUUCUCAGUUGUUUUAUAUUUAAAAGUGCGGUCAUAUUAGCCAAACUUCUGCAAAAUUUUGCCAGCAGAAAAAAGUAAUUAUUGUCAAUAGUGUGCUGAUUUGUGAAUCACAGUUCAUAUAGAAAUUAACUUUGAAACCAAGCAGCACUCCAUUCGUUAAAAUGGCGAAUUCAUAUGACCAACUGAACCCACUGCAAAAUAGGCUAUCUGUGGGGAAAGCUUUAACCCUCAUGCAAAUUUGCAGACUGCAUGGAUUGCUAUUGAAAUGACUGGAAUUCACCAAUGAAAACUUGUCAAUGUGACCGCACUUUAAGUUGAGAUAUUAAUGGCUGAAUUAAUUAAGCAUCAUUCAUCCAUUUCAAAUGUUUGCUAUGAUGUUGCUAAACAUCUAAGGUACAGUUGUACUUGGCUACAGGAAUGAGGUUAUUGACAGUGCACAUAAAUGCAUUGAUUACAAUACUGGUGUUUAAAAAAACAGCUAACCUUUAAGAUUUUAAGACUUACAUUCUGAGAAUGAAACAUUUGUUUACUGUAAGCAUAGAGAGUUAUGGCAAAAUAUGCAAUAAAAAUGUUCAUAUUUUUUAAAUACAAA